UGGGAGACCGAAGAAUGAGCAGCGGCAAGGUUUAGACAAAAUGUCCCAGUUUUGGAGGCCGGGAACGGAGAAGCCUCGGUUCGUCGACGAUGAAGAAGGCGGCGUCGUUUUUCUCUCUCCUUCUGCUACCUCCUUUUCCUCUACAUAUGGGCAUGCCAGUAUUGAGAAGCAGAGGCAGAGACUGCCUGUUUAUAAGUAUAAAACAGCUAUUCUCUAUUUGGUUGAAACUCAUGCUACUACCAUUAUUGUCGGCGAGACGGGUAGUGGCAAAACUACUCAAAUUCCUCAGUACCUCAAAGAAGCGGGCUGGGCAGAUGGGGGGCAUGUUGUGGCUUGUACCCAGCCAAGAAGACUAGCUGUCCAGUCAGUUGCUUCUAGAGUAGCUGAAGAAAUGGGGGUCAAGCUUGGAGAGGAAGUUGGCUACACAAUUCGAUUUGAAGAUCUUACUAAUCCAGCUGUAACUAUGAUAAAAUUUCUCACUGAUGGGGUUUUACUAAGAGAAAUGAUGGACGAUCCUUUAUUGUCGAAGUAUAGUGUCAUUAUGGUUGAUGAGGCUCAUGAAAGGUCUAUUUCAACUGAUAUUUUACUAGGCCUCCUGAAAAAGAUCCAACGGCGGCGCCCUGAUUUGCGCCUAAUUAUCUCGUCAGCUACAAUUGAAGCAAAAUCGAUGUCUAAUUUCUUCCAGUCCAGGAUUAAUCAUUCUUCCUUUAUAUCCCGGACUUUCACGAGCAGAUCAGGAGCUGGUAUUUUCACCCACUCCUGGUGGCAAGAGGAAAGUAGUGAUAUCAACAAAUAUUGCCGAGACAUCAUUGACUUUGGAGGUAUGGACUUAUUAGCAAGGCUUGUGAAAUUGGUUCCUUGUCAGUCAUCAGGAAUUGCAUCAUUUAGAUAG